AUGGCGGCGGCACCUUCUCCCGCUUCCGCGGUGCUGGCGGCUGUCCCGCCCUCAGUAACGAUGGCGACUUCCUGCGCGGUGUGGCUGGAGGAUCAGGUGGACCGGGUGCCCUGUCCCUACGACGCCCAUCACCGUGUGCCUCGGGCGUCGUUGGAGAGGCAUGCGGCGUCCUGCCGCCUCCGCAAGAUGGGCUACUCCGCCGAGGAGCAGGCCGAGAUGUAUGACUCCCGCUUCUUCUAUGAGAACCUGAAGGUGCCCACCGUUGCAAUGGAUAAAGAUCUACAGUUUCACAUAGUUCAGCAAGCUAGAGCUCAGAGUGCCAAAGAAGGCAUAGGCUACACUGAAGGAUCUUAUUCAUCACUGCCUGUAGAAGUUCCUCAAAAUCACAAACGUUUCACCUGUGACCUGACUCAAGCUGACCGACUUGCUCUUUAUGACUAUGUUGUUGAGGAAACAAAGAAACAGAGAUCUAGGUCACAAAUCACAGAAAAUGACAGUGACCUCUUUGUGGAUUUAGCAGCCAAGAUUACUCAAGAUGACAGUCAGAAAGGUCCAAAGUCCCAUCUUGAGAUUCUGGCUGAAAUGCGAGACUACAAAAGGCGCCGGCAGUCAUACAGGGCUAAGAACGUUCAUAUAACGAAGAAGUCUUACACUGAGGUGAUUCGGGAUGUGAUUGGUGUACAUAUGGAGGAACUCAGCAACCACUGGCAGGAAGAGAAUAGGUUGGAUAAUGCAGAGAUGUGUGAAGGGGGAAAGUCAAAAUCUUCAGGAAGAAAGGAAGACAGGCGGUCAGCUUCGGUGGACUCGAGGCAGUCUGGAGGAAGCUCAAAGGACACUGAACGCACCAGACAUAGGAGAGAGAGCAGCAGGAGUCCAAGUAAAAGAAAAAGGAGUCGUGACAGAGGGAAAGACAGAGAUUCUCGGAGGAAAAGAGAAAGGGAAGAAGACAAGUAUCACAGCCGUAAAAGAAGAAAGUAGAAACAAGAACAUAAUGAGUUUUUGUUCAAAGAAUUACUUGCACAGGAUGUACUGUUGUUACUGCUGUUAUAACAGAGACUGUAAUGCUGUGAACAUAAUGUUGGUGUUGCCUUACAGCUGUGUUCAGAGAGAAAAUCAGAUAAUGUUCAGGGGUUGGCAGGAUGGAAGCAGUGUACAUCCUAAAAUGUACAAAUGUAUAAGACUUAUGUAUCUAUUAAUAAAUUAUAGUGAUUUCUUA